AUUUGGUCUUUGAAUCUUUGUGAAAUUGUCAAGAAAAUAGAAAUAUUUUAUAUAUAUUAAUUUGCUUUAUAAUUGUGUAUUUAUAAGACGGUAGCAUGGAUGUCGGAGAGCUUCUCUCCUUUCAGACCGGUGGCAGGAGAUGUGUAGAAUAACAAACAGCAUUCCAACUGAAAAACGUAUUGCGUUGUUUGUGUUAUUAAAAAGCCUGACAAAGGUGGUAAAAACAAAAGAAAGUCAAGUGGCCAUGACGAGGAUGAGGAGGAGACUCAACGUAAGAAGAAGCCAUUACCAAUUCAAGAGGAAUUCUCCAGAGAAUUGACCGAGGAAGAGAGAGAGAGGAUCCUGGAAAUGGUGGAAAAUGAACCAGAGGGGGAGGCUUUAGAUGCAAGUGCUGUGAAAAAGAUGCUUUUGGCAUUUGAAAAGAAAGUCACCAAAAAUCAAGAAAUGAGAAUAAAAUAUCCAGACAAUCCAGAAAAGUUUAUGGAAUCUGAACUAGAUCUGAACGAAGAGGUGCAGAAAUUACAUGUUUUAGCUACUGUCCCAGAGAUGUAUCACUCUAUUGUGGACCUUAAUGCUGUUAAUACAAUGUUGGGGCUUAUAAGCCAUGAUAAUACUGAUAUCUCUAUUGCUGUGAUUGAUUUACUACAAGAAAUGACAGAUGUGGACACUCUAAAUGAGAGCAAGGAGGGUGCGUCUGCUCUGAUAGAUGCACUGCUUGAAGGUCAGGUGAUUGCCUUGCUAGUACAGAACCUUGAAAGACUGGAUGAGUCGAUCAAAGAGGAGAGUGAUGGUGUGCACAACACCCUUGGAAUAGUUGAGAACAUGACAGAGCUACAAGAUAACGUCAGUCUUGCGGCUGGCGAACAGGGGCUGCUCAGCUGGAUUUUAAGAAGAUUAAAGCAAAAGCCUCCAUAUGACUCAAAUAAGCUAUAUGCUAGUGAGAUCCUUUCUAUUCUUCUACAAAACACAGAGGAAAACAGACAACUGUUAGGAGAGCUAAAUGGAAUUGAUACCCUUCUGCAAUGUUUAUCUCUAUACAAGCGCUAUGAUCCUACAACUUCAGACGAGACUGAGUAUAUGGAAAAUCUGUUUAACUGCCUCUGCUCCUCCUUGAUGUUCAACCCCAACAAGGACCUGUUCCUGCGUGGUGAAGGUCUUCAGCUCAUGAUUCUAAUGUUGAGGGAGAAGAAGAUGUCCCGGCGAAGUUCCUUAAAGGUUCUGGACUAUGCCAUGCAGGGGCCUGAGGGCUCUGAUAAUUGCGGCAAGUUUGUGGAGUUCCUGGGACUUAGAUGUCUUUUUCCAUUAUUUAUGAAGCCGGUGAAGAAAACCAAAAAGUUAGGAGGAUCGGAAGAAGAGUAUGAAGAACACACUACAUCCAUUCUCGCCUCCCUGUUCAAGAACCUUACGGGAAACUUACGCAGUCGACUUGUGCAGAAGUUUGUAGAAAAUGAUCAUAUCAAGGUGGACCGGCUGAUGGAGCUACACUUCAAAUACUACCAGCGAGUCCAGGAAGUUGACGCCAAGAUAGAGGAGGAGAAACAGGAACUGAUUGAUGAAGGAGAAGAAAUAGACGAAGAUACAGAAGACAUGUUCUACAUUAGAAGAUUAGACGCUGGAUUAUUCACUCUACAACUCAUUGACUGUAUCAUGCUGGAGAGCUGCUGCUCAGGGGUGCCUUCGAUCAAACAGCACGUGUUAGCGCUACUAAACCAACAUGGCGGUUCCAUGAAAGAUAUCAAGGCGGUCAUGAGAGAAUACGCAGCUAGUGUUGGAGACGCCAAAAGCAAGGAAAGCAGAGAGAUGGAGAAAAACCGCCUGCUGUCACUAAUUGAUCGGUUUUAAUCAUUAGUGCAUGCGCGUAGAAACUCAGCAGAUGUACAGUGAAUGACUCGGACCAAGAGUAAGCUGGAAGAAGGCUGGAAGACGAAUCUGCGAUAGUAGUACAAGACGAACUAGUGUGAUGCAUGUUGAGGAGACUGGAGAAGAAAGCUUUAGCUAUUCAAUAGACUGAUACCAAGUGUUCUAUAUACCAACCCACACUUGUUAUUUCACGUGUUCAUCCGGAACAAACCUACUCGUUGAGUUCUGAGCAUAAAGACGGUUCGGGGACCAUAACCAUGUUCUAAAAGAAAACCUGUACAUAUAGUUAUCUUGAGUCUGUGACAUUCAUUAGUGCACCGCCUUGUGUGCCAAGAUGAGCCAAAACAGUUGGGUGUGCACCAUUGAACGGGGAAGAAAUAAAACUGAUUAAUGUGA